UUUUAACACUUGACAACAAACAAACAAAUCUGUGAAAUUGUGCUAUGUGGAUGUUUAAUCAAUAGGAUAUUGGCACAAUGGCUAGUUUAUUGUAAUAGUCUGUUUGUUUAAGGUCGUUGAGCAUUUCCCCUGAAGGCAUACAUAUCUACAUCCGUACGGAGUAAACAUAUAUCAACAUCAAGUUCCACUCUCUGUGUGUAUCGAUCCCAGAGCAAGGUAGCCUCCAGGAUGAACCUUCCAUUUAAACCAAAAUACGGAGUAUAUGUAUCUACAAUUCCAAUGCAAUACCACUACUUUACUCUACUUCUAUGAGCACUCCCAGCCCGCCGUCCGCCCUCUGUCCAUAGCUCGAUAUGUCACGGGGCUCCUCCGAUUGGGUAAGUGCCUCGGCCACGGGCGGCGAAACCUCCCUCCCCCGACCUGUCCUCAGCCAUUCCGUCGACUCCGUCUCCAACAAAACCAGCUCCACAAAAUACCAAGAUACCCAAGCCCUACAGCGUGCGCCCUCAAGCCACGGUACCCAAACACCAGCAGCAAUGCAGCACGGCAUACAAAGCGCCAACAAGAACAGGAACAAGGAUAGCAAUGAUGCAACCUCAGCGGACGCCAUCCGAAUCCGCGACAACCAGCGUCGAUCCCGCGCCCGGCGCAAGGAGUACCAGCAGGACCUGGAGCGGCGCGUGCAGAAGUUUGAGCAGCAAGGAGUACAGGCUACAAUAGAGGUACAAACUGCGGCUAGGAAGGUUGCGAGGGAGAAUACCCUGCUGCGAUCGCUGUUGAAGCUGAAGGGGGUCGCCACCGCGGAAAUCGACGAAUACAUCUCGAAUGCGAACGGGGGUGAGAACGGGGCGGCCAUGACUUUGAAUGGAAAUGGAAAUGCAAAAACGAACGUGAACGGGAACGGGAAUGGGAACCUGAAUCAAAAUAAUGAUAGACUUAGGGCUGGAAUAGGGUUUGCGCAAUUGCAGCCUGCAACUUCUCCCAACUCCACGACCGCGUCUCCCUCCGUCCCUCUACCCACUCCCACGACAGCCGUGUUUCCAAAUACCAUGAACCAGAACCAAAAUGAAGGCCGGAACGAGAAUCAGCCUUCAAUUCAACUAGAUAAUUACCCUUCCUACUAUCCAGCAGAGCAAGCUACCGUCCAGCCUUCUCCCCAAUACGUCGAAUCCCCCAGCGGUCAAAAUAUACCUAGCUCUGCCUCCGCCUCCAUUUCCACCUCCACCUCCUCAAUGUACUCCCCCACCGCCAGCUUCACGAGCGCAAGUCUUGGCCCGCCCACAAAUAACGACCAACAAUGUCAACCCCAGCCUUCAUCAUACCAACCAUACGCAACCCCAAUACCCUAUGCAGCGUCCAGAUACCCCCAGGGCCUCCACAACAAAACCACCAGCAACAGCAGCAGAAACAACAACAACAACAAUCACUCCAACUCCCCCUCCAACUCCACCCACCAGUCCCUUCCACCCAACCGCACCCGUACCGCCCAUCCCCGUCCCACGCCCACGCCCACGCCAACCAACCCCAAUUGCAACUCCCAAACACUCAGGCCCCCUAUUCCAGCCCGACAGACACCACACUCGACUCGACAUCCUGCGAAGUCGCCGCGAGCAUCAUCGCGAGCAUGCGCGGACACGGCGACGCGGACUCCGUGCGUGCAGAGCUGGGUUGUUCACCCGGCGGCGCGCCGUGCCAGGUGGGCAGUAUGGAGAUUUUUAGAGUGCUGGAUCGCUCUAUUGGGAGUUGUCGGUGAUGAUUUUUCUUUCUCUGUUACAUAGUUAGUCUGCGUUUUGCGGGGUGCCCUGGAGUUUGAGGUUCUGAUUUGUCUGUAUGUAUGUAUGUAUGUAUGUAUGUAUAUUUAUUCCAUAUUUGUCUUUUUUUUUGGAAAAAAAAAAAAAAAUGUCUGUUUGGUGUAGCGUUGAUGGAUUAACGGGUGUCCGGGCGGCAUGCUCAUAUGUUUCAAUAAUGGGGAAAGAUCUGUUGUUGAAUCAGUUAGUGAGGGCAUCCGCGCGAGCCUUGAUCAUGAUAUGACUGACACAUGGGAUUUCUGACUAAUUGUUCAUGAUCUGAAUAAGGAAUGGAGAGAUGGGGAGCAAGGUAGGGGCAUUGGUUAUGUUCGUCUACUGCUAACUACCAUAUGGGUAGCCUUUUUGGGUUACUAUGUCAUUUGUAUAUAAGUUAAUAAUUACAUGGGGCUUCCCCGCUCAGCAAUAGUGGUAUAAGCAGCAGACUGAUCUAUGCAGGAUUACCCUCACUAUUAAUAACUAUAAAUGCUCAGAUUUUCGUCCCAGGUACACCUGGUCGUUUAGAAUUUUUCAAGCCCGUGCCCCGUGAGGCCCU